UUCCAUACUGAAAUUUCAAGCAAAAUAAAUAUCAGAGUUUCAGACAAUUUUGAGAGGAAAAUAUUGGAUUUUUGUUGGAUUUGUUGUAUAAUGGCAGAAGAAAAUGAGGAGCAGUCAUUGGAGUAUACUUCAACAUGGCGGCUUGCAACUGUGUGCUUGAUUUUCGUGAUUAUAUCAGUGUUACUUGCCUCAGGAAUUCAUAGACUUGGAAAGAUUUUGAAAAUGAAGAAAUUAAAAGCAUUCCGGGCUUCUUUAGAGAAGAUGAAAGAAGAGUUGAUGCUUAUAGGAUUUAUUUCUCUACUUCUUGCUGCUUUUCAAGGGCCCAUAAAUCAUAUUUGUAUUCCAAAAAACAGUACCAAAAUAUUAUUGCCAUGCAAAAAGAACGUGGAAGAGGAUUUUUCUAUAGAGAGACUUGAUUCAAAGGUUGGACAUUGUGAAAAAAAGGGAAUGGAACCUUUCUUAUCCAUGGAAGGUCUACAUCAGUUGGAUAUUUUUAUUUGUGUGUUGGCCAUUACUCAUAUAAUAUUUUGUGUUACAACGAUGCUUCUAGGAUAUAUAAAGAUUCGUAGUUGGAAGCAUUGGGAAUUUAAGAUCACAAAUAAGCGAAAGGAAGAUGAGAUGAAGAUGAAACAAGGAGAUUUGAACCAAAGUCAACUUGAAACCUCAGAAAAGACUAAGAAAAAAAAAUUCAUUCAUGUUAUUCAUCACGCUUUUAUCAAGAAGCAUGCUCCAUACGAAAUGUCACUCGUUAUGAGUUGGGUGAUUUCCUUUCUCAAGCAAUUUUGGGGAUCAGUGAAUGAGUCAGAUUAUACCACAAUGCGAUUGGGAUUCAUUAAGUAUAUAUCGAGUGGAACAAUAUCUUAUAAUUUUUACAAGUACAUGAUACGGAACCUUGAAGAAGAUUUCGAAAAAGUUGUUGGCAUAAGGUGGUACCUCUGGAUAUAUGUCAUCAUCUUUUUGUUAUUAAAUAAUCACGGUUGGCAUGUGUAUUUUUAUAUAUGCUUCAUUCCUUUAAUUCUUCUAUUUAUAUUAGGUGCAAAACUAGAGCAUAUUAUGAUUCAGUUAGCCCAAGAAUUUAGACAGAAGAACACUGUAUGGCAAAGUUCUGAAAUAGAACUUCGUCCUUCAAAUGAGCACUUUUGGUUUAACCGACCUCAACUGCUAGUUUAUUUAAUUCACUUCAUUUUGUUUCAGAAUGCAUUUGAAAUAGCAUAUUUCGUCUGGGUAUUGAUAACUUUUGGUUUCCGAUCCUGUAUAAUGGGAAGGGUUGUUUACGUUAUUCCUAGACUUGUAGUCGGGUUGAUUGUCCAAGUGCUAUGUAGCUAUAGUACCUUACCACUUUAUGCCCUUGUUACUCAGAUGGUAACCAAACACAAAAUGACAUUAUUUAGUGAGAGAAUUGGAGAAGACAUUAUGGCAUGGUAUAAGAGAAGCCAAAAGAGAGUGAAGAAAAGGAAUAAACUUGGUAAUUCAAACAAAGAUGAGAGAAAGCAUGAGGUGGGUAAUCCAGCCAGAGACAUAGAGAUGCCAGAGAUCAAUGCACCAUCUAAUCAAAUGGCAUCAUAAAAUAAAAUAACACAAUACUUUGAUGAAAAAAUUAAUGUAUUGGGUCUGAGAUAUCUUAAUUUAAUGUGUUGAAAAGUUUAUAUAAAUGACAAUAUUGUAUUUUUCAACUUUGAUUAGUUUGGUAGAACAAAUAAUAUCAAAUAAUUUGUUCAAGCUUUAUGAACAUUUAUUUGUGAAGAAGGGCUUUCAACUAUAUGCAUAUUUUGGAAUGAAAUAUUUUGAGAGAAUCCAAAAUUGGAUGACAAUAAAUCUUCUUGUAGUUUGAUAUUCAA